AUGUUCUUCAAAGCGCUGGAUCUGACUACUGCGCUCAGACCCUUGCUAUUGCCUGACGAGACCCUUCUUUUUGUUCAAGACGCAGUGGGUCUGUAUGACGGGAAAUACAAAAUCCAGAACUACCAAAAUGGCCACGCAUACCUCACAUCUCACAGAGUGUGCUAUGUUGCAGCUGAGGAUUCACGAAAAUACUCAGUUGCUAUUGAUCUGAAGGAACUCGAUCGAGUAGAGUCUCAGGCUGGCUUCCUGAAGUCUUCUCCGAAGGUUACCAUCUAUCCUAAACCGCAGAAGAAGAAGACCGAUAAGUCAAGGAGCGCAACGGCCAGCCCAGCUGUACCCCAGAAACCGACACUUCAUCCCACGCAGUCGCAUUCUCACCUUCCGCAAACGAGCUUUCCUCAAAGUCCAUUAUCUCCAAAACCAAUCAAUGCCACUUGGAUCUGCCCUAUAUGCUCAUUCUCCAACCCCGUUCCGUCGAAUUUCGACCCUGCAACGGCUAGUGCAGCGACACAUCUACCUCCUUGUCUAGCCUGUGGAAUCAAGCCUCCAUUUACAACAGUUCUAAAGGCAGCAAUCAGUGCUGUUACAAACCGGGAACCCUUGCCGAGCUCAGUUGCCUCGUCGGCCAUUGCACAGGGUAUCGGCCAACCGAAUGCCAAUGCGCCUCCAGCUCCUCUUAGCUUAGGGAAAACCGUCUCUUGUCCCCGAUGUACCUUUGUGAACCAUCCAUCGCUCGUCGAAUGUGAGAUAUGCGGAGCGCCCUUAUCUGCUAAUUCGCUCAACACAAACCGAGUGGACUCACCUGCGCCUUUAUUUGAGCAAUCACAUAUCACAAACACGGAGGUCAGCGAGUGUAUCAAGUUUUCCUUUCGUGCGGGUGGAGAUAAGACGUUCCACGAAAGACUCAAGGGGGCUUUAGUUCAAAGAAAAUGGCUUUUGCAAAAUGCCCCUCCAGUGCCUCCGCCGUCCAAAGCGAGUAUCUCACCGGGCUCGUCUUCUGCUGCGGGUAUCAUUGAAAGCCCUUUACCCUCAGCACCACGACCAUCAGGUGUUGGCAUUGCAGGAUUAGAGCGCCGAGGAUUAGAAGCACGGAGGAAAAAUGAAUUUGUCAUAGGGAACGCCUUUGAAGACCUAGAGGCUUUGAUGGCCUCUGCCAAGCAAAUCGUUGCUCUGGCUGAAACCUUGGCGCACGAGUCGGGGAUGACCACCAAGGAAGGCUCUUCAGAUACCAGCGCGGUGCUAUCCGAGUCCGCCGCGGCAUUGGGGAUGGUGACGACCAAAGAUAUGCUGACUUCUGGAUCUGAAAGCCUCUAUCUAUCAGAACUCGCCCGCGACCUGGCCGAAUACCUCACAGAUGACAGGAAAGGCAUCUUACAGCGAGAAGGUGGGAUUAUAAGUCUCAUCGAUCUCUGGGCGCUCUUCAACCGCUCCCGUAAUGGAGUAGAGCUGGCCAGCCCGUCGGAUUUCCAAAAAGCAGCGGAGCUGUGGGAAAAGCUCAAAUUGCCAGUGCGGCUACGACGAUUCAAGAGCGGGCUUCUUGUGGUACAACGAUACGACUGGAGUGAUGAGAAGACAAUCGGUAAGCUCCAAGCCUGGAUGGAAGAGCUCCGACAAGUUCCUCCUGAUGAUCCUGUUCCAUGGGACUGGUCUGUUUUCGGUCGGGCUGUCACUGCACAGGAAGCUGCGCAUCGGUUCAAGUGGAGCGUCGGGGUGGCUGCCGAAGAGCUGGAAAUGGCCGAAGAUCGGGGGAUUCUUUGCCGAGAAGAAGGGAUUGAAGGCCUACGCUUCUGGCGCAAUUAUAUCUCACCCGCCGAGUAUGAUGAUCUCUCUCGCCUUGUCAUCUGA